AUGUCGUCAAAAGAGGAGCAAACUCCUCCACCGGGUGUUAACACUGGAGGGAUAAUUCACACAAAGGAGUUACAACGAAAGAAUUAUCUCAAUAGAGUUUUAGAAGAAGUGCGUAACAUAUCGAAUUACUCCACUCUAUCAAUUCAUCAACUGGAGGUCAAACUUUCACUAUUGGAGCGACAGUUGGAAUCAUUUGAAAAGGUUCAGGGCCACCUCGAAUCGUUAGAUGACUCACAAUUUGAACAAAACCACCGACUAGUAUUUGAGGAUGCAUAUUUUAAACUUAAAUCGGAGAUUCUUAAGCGUUUAUCUAUGCAUCAACUAAAUUUUAGUGAACCCUCGAUGAGUAGUACACAUUUAACAACAUUACAACACUCAACAAAACCUCAACUUCCAACUUUGCAAUUGACAAAAUUUAGUGGAAAUUACAAUGAUUGGAUUGAGUUUUAUAAUAUGUUUGGUAUUUUGGUUCACAAUAACGCUGAUUUAUCACCAAUAUCUAAAUUUCAGUACCUCCGGUCUUGUCUUACGGAUAGCGCAGCCAGGCUAAUCCAAUCACUGGAUAUUACUCCAGAAAACUACAAUAAGGCUUUGGAUAUUCUGAAAUCGCGGUACGACAACAAAAGAUUAAUUUUUCAGUCUCACAUGCAGAACAUCUUUGCCAUCAAGGAGCUUUCAAAACCGAAGGUAAACAUUGUUAGAGAAUUUAUUGAUUCCGUAAAUGCCAAUAUUCGAGCUCUACAAUCGAUUGCUUCCGAUAAACAAAUUGCUGAUGGAAUUAUAUUAUAUUUGAUAACAUCUAAACUUGUUCCCGAAACUCAAGCUAAGUGGGAGGAAGAAAUCUUUACUUUUACGUUGUAA